UUUGUUGUCUGUGUUGAAAAUCUAAAUGGCAAACUCUUUCAUUUUCUUUGUCAUCCUAGCUUCAAUUGCAGCAGCACCGUUUAUAACGCUAUUAAGAGUAGAAGCAGGGAUGUGUUCAUUAGUAUCAGAGAAAUGCAAUGAGAGAAAUUGUGAGCAGUAUUGUAAAAGCCAAGUAAACGAUGGUAAAUUAUCGUGGUUUUGUGAUAGCUACAACUUAUGCACAUGUGUUUACAAUAUUGAUAAUUCCAAGCAUGCGCAGAGAUGUAGCAUGGGAGUGGGAUCAUGCAAUGGUGGUAAACCUGAUUGUGAUUCAAAGUGUGCUAGCAAAUAUCCUAAUAGAGAUCAUAUUGGAGUUUGUUUUGAUUAUUUUAAUGGUACAAAGAUGUGUGUUUGUACCUAUGCUAGUUGAAUUACCAAGUGUUAUAUUUAUUA